AUGAUAUAUUAUCUUCCUCUUAGCAAAUUUUUUUAAUAAUAUUUGAUAAUUAUUUUUAUUUAAAAUAAAAGUAAAUUAACUUACUAACUAACUUUUAAUAUAUUAUAAUUUAUAAUUUUCCAUAAAUUACUUUUCAAAAUUUUUGAUAAAAUAAAUAAAUAAAUGCAAUAAGAGAAUUAAUAUUUCGACAAUGUAGAAGAAUUUCUAAAUUCUUCACUUUAAUUUCAUUAGGUUCUCCAUAUUGAUUUGAGUAGCAACUAAAUUGGUGACGAAGGUGCAUCAGCCUUAGGUUCUGCUUUAGCAAACUGUACUAAUCUUUCAAAGUUGGUACUUAUUCUUAAUAACAAUAUAAUUGGUGGAUAAGGUGCAUCAGUUUUAGGUUCUGGUUUAGUAAAUUGCACUAAUCUCUCAAAUUUGGGAUUACAUCUUUAUAAUAAUAAAAUUGGUGAUAAAGGUGUAUUAGGCUUAUCUGAAUUAGCAAAAUGCACAAAUCUCUCAAAUUUGAUUCUUGAUCUUAGUAAUAAUUAAAUUGGUGGUAAGGGUGUAUCAGAAUUAGGUUCUGCUUUAUAAAAUUGA